AUGGAUGUAGAUGAUAUAAAUCCUAAUCCUGAAGUACUAUACACAAUAGAUGUUGAUACACAAAAGGUCAACAUUGUGGUAGAUAUAGAUACAACAGGAGGAGUAGGAGGCGAGGGCGAUGAGGGUUCAGAGUCUAAGGAGACUAGUGAGGAGGAGGGAUCUUCUGAGGAGACUGAGUCAAAGGAGGAGGGUGAGGAGGUUAUGGGUGGGAUGGGAGGGGUUGGAUAUGAUGAUGAGGAGGAUGAGGAGGAUGAGGAUCCACAACCCUUGGGCGAUGUGGCUGCUGGUGUGGCCGUACGGAGCGAUGAUGUGUCGUACAGUUUUCGGCGUGGCUGUGCUGACGUGGGAUCCGUGUGGCGGUCUGCGUGGCGGUUCCCGAAGACCGAGGGUCGGAGCGGCGCCGGUGACGUGGUGGAGCCCGGGAGCGGAGCUGGAGGAGCCGCUCAGGUGGCGGUGGCGGUUACUGCUCGGGCGCUGUGUGGAGAGGUGGCCGGGAGUCUGGGCGGAGCCGGGGGCUUGGCGCGGGCGGCGUCGGGAGGCCGGGGAACCUGCGGACGACGGGCGGAGGGACGAGGUCGGCUGACAGGCGGCGGCGAGACUUCGGCGCAGGGGACGAGGGACGGCGCGGUCUGCGGGGACGCGGGAGGUACAGCCGGCGCGACAGACGGAAUCUGCAGACUAGUACCUGCGCAGGCAGAGUUUGCUAUUGAGUGGGGAAUUAGUGAUCCUUCUCAAUUAUCAUAA